AUGUUUUACUUCCUGGUUGCCUUAACAGCAGUUUUGGCCGCCACUAUCGCAAACGCACAACCUGUUCUCGACACCGAUGGAGACAUCAUAUUUGACGGAAGUUACUAUGUUCUUCCCGUCAUCCGCGGCCAGGGGGGCGGCCUGACUCUCGCCGGCCGUGGUGAUCAGCCAUGUCCUCUCGACAUCGUGCAGGAAUCAUCCGAGGUUGACGAGGGCAUUCCCGUAAAAUUCUCAAACUGGAGGUCUAAAGUUGGUACUGGUCACAUUAACUCAUAUUUUUCGCAUACAUUUGCAUUUAGAUCAAAUACAAAACUACAAAAGACCCAGAAAAGCAUGAAUACAAUGUUUUACUUCCUGGUUGCCUUAACAGCAGUUUUGGCCGCCACUAUCGCAAACGCACAACCUGUUCUCGACACCGAUGGAGACAUCAUAUUUGACGGAAGUUACUAUGUUCUUCCCGUCAUCCGCGGCCAGGGGGGCGGCCUGACUCUCGCCGGCCGUGGUGAUCAGCCAUGUCCUCUCGACAUCGUGCAGGAAUCAUCCGAGGUUGACGAGGGCAUUCCCGUAAAAUUCUCAAACUGGAGGUCUAAAGUUGGGUUCGUCCCCGAAUCCGAGAACCUCAACAUCGAGACGGAAGUCGCAGCCACGAUAUGCGUCCAGUUAGCCUACUGGUGGGUUGAUGAGAAUGCGAAGUUUCGCGUGACGGCUGGACCGAAGCCAGACGAACUCGUAAAAGAGUCGUACCUGAGUUUCUUCCAGAUCCAGAAUGUUUACGACCAUUUUUACCAGUUUGCUUUCUGUCCUACUGGUCCUAAAAGUUGCUCCGAUGUCGGGGUAUUUGUGGAUGAAAAUGGCGUUCGACGUUUGGUUUUAACCAAGAGGAGUGACAAUACGCCAUUCUUGGUUAUGUUCAAGAAAGCAAAUGUGCCAGAGAACUCGUCCAAGACUAUGUCUAUUAUCUGAGAGAAAAGAUUACUAAAUGAAAGACAAUAAUAACAGUCAUAACUUUAUGAGACUGCUAAUAAAAAAAACUCUCAAUAUGUCACUACAACAAAUAUGUAC